AUCUAACUCAACUCAACAAAGUAGUCAGCAGCAUUCAAAAUGUCGAAGCGAGGGCGUGGAGGAUCGGCCGGAAACAAGUUUCGCAUGUCGCUUGGUCUGCCGGUGGCAGCCACAGUGAACUGCGCUGAUAACACUGGUGCAAAGAACUUGUACAUCAUUUCCGUGAAAGGAAUCAAGGGUAGACUCAACCGUUUACCAUCUGCUUGCGUGGGUGAUAUGGUGAUGGCGACUGUUAAGAAGGGUAAACCCGAUCUGAGGAAGAAAGUCAUGCCGGCUGUCAUAGUCAGGCAGCGCAAGCCAUGGCGCCGAAAGGACGGAGUUUUCAUGUAUUUUGAAGAUAAUGCUGGUGUUAUUGUUAACCCCAAGGGAGAAAUGAAAGGUUCUGCUAUAACUGGUCCUAUUGGGAAAGAAUGUGCUGAUCUUUGGCCAAGAAUAGCUAGUGCUGCAAAUGCUAUUGUCUGAUUGAAGUGUUUGUUUUAAGAUUUAGCCAUUCUGAUCAUAUUUUGUCAUUUCACUGCUGUUCUCUUGGAUAUAGAAAUAUUUACUAGUCUUUUUGUUUAAUUUUGUUGUAUGGUUGAACCAUUUUGCUGCGUUUUGAUCAGAAUUAUAUUCCAUAACUUUGGUAUUA